UGGGCAAAUGCUGCCCAAUGAACUCCACUAGACAGACAGGAAAAAUGGCCUCCAGAGGUUGAAGCAACUUGCAGAAGACUUUUGGCUCAGGGCAGUAAAGCUGGUUGCUGAGGUGAUGGCUGAUUAUAGGGGAAGCUCUGCAUAUGCCUCGUCCUGUUUUCUCUUCUGCCAGGGCUUCCUUCCUACUGUAGCAUCCACCUGAGGAGACUCCAUUCCUGGAGCAGCCAUCCUUCAGAAAAUGGAUUCUGCAUUGAGAAUGGAGAUGUGGCUUCUGAUUCUGGUGGCGUACUUCUUUCAAAGAAAUGUGAACUCAGGACAUAUGCCAACCAAAGCUGUGGACCCAGAAGCUUUCAUGAAUAUUAGUGAAAUCAUCCAACAUAAAGGGUAUCCCUGUGAGGAGUAUGAAGUCACAACUGAAGAUGGAUAUAUCCUUUCUGUCAACAGAAUCCCUCAAGGCUUACUGCAUGCUAAGAAGGCAGGAUCCAGGCCUGUGGUGUUACUGCAGCAUGGCCUACUUGGAGAUGCUAGCAACUGGAUCUCCAACCUACCCAACAACAGCCUGGGCUUCAUUCUGGCAGAUGCUGGCUUUGACGUGUGGAUGGGGAACAGUAGGGGAAACACGUGGUCUCGGAAACACAAGACACUCUCUAUAGACCAAGAUGAGUUUUGGGCUUUCAGUUAUGAUGAGAUGGCUAGGUUUGACCUUCCUGCAGUGAUAAACUUUAUUUUACAGAAAACGGGCCAGGAAAAGAUCUAUUAUGUCGGCUAUUCACAGGGCACCACCAUGGGGUUUAUUGCAUUUUCCACUAUGCCUGAGUUAGCUCAAAAAAUCAAAAUGUAUUUUGCUUUAGCACCCAUAGCCACUGUUAAAUAUGCAAAAAGCCCUGGGACCAAAUUUUUGUUGCUGCCAGAUAUGAUGAUCAAGGGACUGUUUGGUAAAAAAGAAUUUCUGUACCAGACCAGGUUUCUCAGACAACUUGUUAUUUACCUUUGUGGCCAAGUGAUUCUUGAUCAGAUUUGUAGUAAUAUCAUCUUACUUCUGGGAGGGUUUAACACCAACAACAUGAAUAUGAGCCGAGCAAAUGUGUAUGUUGCCCACUCCCCUGCUGGAACAUCUGUGCAAAAUAUUCUACACUGGAGCCAGGCAGUGAAUUCUGGGGAACUCCGAGCAUUUGACUGGGGGAGUGAGACCAAGAAUCUGGAGAAAUGCAACCAGCCAACUCCUGUACGAUACAAAGUUAGCGAUAUGACGGUUCCUACAGCAAUGUGGACAGGAGGUCAGGACUGGCUCUCAAAUCCAGAGGACGUGAAAACACUGCUCUCUGAAGUAACCAACCUCAUCUACCACAAGAACAUCCCUGAAUGGGCUCAUGUGGAUUUUAUCUGGGGGUUGGAUGCUCCUGACCGGGUGUACAAUGAAAUCAUACAUCUGAUGAAGCAGGAAGAAACCAACUUUUCCCAGGGUAGCUGUAAGGUCACAUUGUGAAACACCUGAUGCUGACCCGUCUUAGGAAUAACUUCACAGAAGAUAGUACUAGGAUCAUGAGUAGAAGAUUCUAAUGAGGAUUUCUAGAAUUGGCGGCAUACCACGUUGGUUGAAGAGGGCAGAGAUGUACACAUUCCUUCAAACCUCUGCAUUUGGAACUAAAAUUGACAUUUACCUUUUUUUCAAUUAAACCACUCUUUGG